AUGACUCAGACUCCGGAUUCUAUCUCUGUGUCCCCGGGACAGACAAUCACCAUCACAUGUACAUCUAGUUCCCACACCGGGGAUAAUAUAAGAUGUAGCACCUGCUUAAAUUGGUACCAACAGAAACCAGGACAACGUCCAACACCGAUUAUCUGGUAUGCAUCCAAUCUUCAGACUGGAGCCCCAGACAGGUUCAGUGGAUCUGGAUCUGGAACAGAUUUCACUCUUACAAUCAGAGACAUAAAGGAUGAAGAUGAAGCAGAAUAUUGCUGUCAGCAGUGUAACAGAUUACCUUUCACACAGUGGUACAGAGCCGUACAAAAACCUCCUUCCUCUUUUAGUAAUAAUAAAUCUCAGAUUUAG